AAUUCAAUGAUUAUUUGCAUAAAACAAAUCUAAUCUUUAUACUUAAGAAAAUUAUACAUUAUACAUAUUUAUUUAUAUUGUUUAAUACAGGCCUAAUUUCAAUUUGAAAGAAUAUCUUGAAGUAUUUUCGUUAAAAUAUCGACUCAAGAUGUCAAUUUAACUCCUGUUCAAGACCGAAUAGAAAAGUUCAUGCAGCCUUUGAUAUAUUUUAUUAAUUAUAUUCUUGUAUGAACGUGAAAAAUUCAACAAAUACUUUUGCAAAACUUUCAUCUAACCAAAAGAAAAUGCCUUCUAUUAUAGAAAAUAGACAAAUCAAUGAGAUGAGUAACAAAGACAAAGAACAAUUUCUUUCUUUUGAAAUGAAGGAGGAUUAUAGCUUUAAGUAUAUACCUGAAAGUCAUUUUAAGCACAUAGUGAAAAAUGUUCAAAGACAAAGACGUAAAGAAGAUGAGGAGCGUAUCUGGACCUCAUUUGUAAAAGAACAGGAGUUAAAUGAUUUGGAUUUUUAUAAAACAGAUGAUCAUCAAUCUAUGCAAAGCAUCAAAGGUCUCUUGCAAGAAAACAUACUAGAUGUAGAUAGAGAACUUAAGAGACUCCAAGAAGAUGCUCUCCCUGAACGAAACAAAGGAAUUCAUAAAUCUGGUAUUAAGAGAGAAAAGAUUUAUAUAGAAGCAAAUCAAACAAAGAUUAGUUCUCCAAAAGAGAAGUUGUUAGUAAAGGAUAAAGGUAAUAAAAGUACUAAUGUUUUAAUCCCAAUUUUACAAGAAGAUGUUUCUAACUGUAAAGAGUCUGAAAGAUUGAAAAAAGUUGCUAAAUCAAAAACUAAAAAAUCUCUGUCUGAUUCUUUAAUUAUGCAAAAAAAGUGUUACACAAAUGAACUUCUUCGUGCAACUAAUCAGUUUGAAAACAAUUCUAAUUCAGAUUCUAGUAAUAAUAGAGAUGGUAUUAUUUAUAUACAACCAGAGCCACUUACAAUACACAAAAUUCUGUCUAUGCAAAAGAAAAUUGCAGAGUUAUUAAAUGAAAUUUCAUUUAGAUUAUCCAGAAUUCCUUUACCAGAUGGUGAUAAUGAUUUAAAAAGAAGACAACAACAAACAAUAGAGUUUGCAAUAUGGUUUUCAAGAAAUUAUCUAUACAAUCUUAACAGAUUAGUUGCAAGCAUUCAAAAACACAUCAGAAUUGUGUCCUCCAGGAUGGGACUAAAACAAUAUCAUAAGAAUAUUGUAUUUCAUCAAGACAUAAUCAAACAAAAAUUGAUUGCUGCUCAUCAAUUACUAGUUCAAGCUUUAAAUGCUUACUGUAAACAUAUUCCUAACUCUAUUCUCGAAGGUCAUAGUACAAAACUUCAAGAGGUAUUACAGAUAGUUUACAAUCUAAAAGAUAUUUGUGAUAAAGUUGAGAUCUCUGCCAAUUCUUUUUGUUCAGGAGAUGCCACUAUUAUGUCUUUGGGGAAGGAUCUUCAAGAAAAAUGUGAUACUAUUUUGUCUAAACUAAAAUUAUAUUUAGAAAAUAAACAUCGACUAGCACGAUGUAAAAAUAGUGAAUCCACUGUGAGUUUGGUACCGGUAUCUUCGCCACACAAAGGACACUUUAAUCGAAAACAUUUGUCCAGUCGACUAAGCAUGUACAAUAUGGAUAUUAAAAUAUCUUCUAAAAAUAAUCAAAGGAAAAAGAAUAAUUUCAGGAGAAAAAGCUUCAGUCAUCCAAAGAAAAUAGAAAAUAAUGUUGUAGGAUCGAAAAAUAUGUAUGCUCAACGUUGUUCAGUACCAGAAUUGUUAUACCCUAGUCCCAUAUCAUGUACAUCAUCUUCUAAAGACGUUCCUCAAACUGGUUCCAUGAAAAAUAUGAAUUGCUUAAAGGAAGAAAAUAUUAAAACCAUGAUGGAUGGAGUAUCAAUAGAUACUGAAAAUGAUAGUAAUUUGAAUGUUCAAGUUAAAUAUAAGAGUAUGGAACAACAGUCCGCUGUAUUAAAGAAGAAAUCAUCUGGAGAGAUGUGCCAGUCAAAGCAUACAGAAAACGAUGAAAUAUACACGAAAGUCAAAAACGUUGCUAACAACGAUGACUUAAUAAAAAAAUUAACAGCUAUCACCAAAGAACAUUUGGCUACUCUAGCUCCUGUGAUAAGCGAUUUAAUCACUUUUGUGUCGAAAAAGCAAAAUGAAUCAGAAGUAAAACCAGUAUCAGAAACUUCAAUGGAAACAUUAAUGGAGUUUUUGCAAAAAUACCAAUCUCCUAAAGAUUCUGACACUAAAGCACUUUUGAGAGAUGAAGAUUGUGAGCAAUCACGCUCGAAAUUAAAUGGCUCAUCUGGAGAUCAUAAACACGGUGGGAAUGUACGAUUGAUUUGCAUGUCAUCUAUGGAUAAAAUUUCCAAAACAACACAAUGUAAUGUUUCAUGUCAGGCAGAUGAGAUUACAUUAAGGGCUAGUGAUGAUAAAAAAACUGUAAAUUUAAAUACCAAAGAAAAAGUGAAAUUAGUUGUUCCAAAAGAGAUUGAGUUACAAUUUUUAGCAUACAGAUUGGAAUAUAAAAAACAAUGUCAAUCGAGGCCGAUGUAUUCUAGUAAUACUCAAAAUAAACCAUGGAACAUUGUAGCAUGGAUCUCUGAUAAAUUGAUAGAGGAACUGAUCAUUGAGAUAGCAAAAGAAUUACAAAUGAAUGGUGUAGAAAUUAUUCAGAAAUUAUUUGAGAUGGAAUUUCAAGAAUUUUAAGAACAACGCUUGUUUGUGCGUCGAAUUAGAACCAAACAUCAUAUUUACAAAACAAUUUCUCAACUAUUUUUUACUGAAACUAUAGCUUUUUAAAUAAAUUAUUUAUAUACUGAUAUUUAA